GCCAUUGACGCGGAGGACGCCGACGGCGAAACGCACCUCCGCCUGCCAUGCAACGUGCGGCUGCGCGACACGUACGUGGUGGCGUGCCUGGGCGGCGCGGGCGUCAACCGCUUCUUCGUGGAGCUCUCGCUCAUCGUCUCCGGCCUGCGCCGCGCGAGCGCCGCGCGCAUCACCGCAGUGCUGCCGUACUACGCGUACGGGCGGCAGGCGCGCAAGCACACGUCGCGCGUUCCCAUCUCGGCGGCGGACGUUGCGUCGCUGCUGGAGGAGAUGGGCGUCGACGGCGUGCUCACGCUCGACCUGCACAAGGAGGAGAUCGCCGGCUUCUUCUCGCCGCGCUGCCACUUUGCCUCCGCCUCGUGCCAGCCCGCCGCCGCGCGCUACCUGCACACGCAGCGCCAACUUCGGCGGCCGGUGGUCGUCGCGCCGCACGCGUCCGGCGUGACGCUCGCAAAGGCCUUCUUCGACUCGCUCGCGGAGCUGCACGCGCGUCGUCGGGGGUUCCGCGAUUGCACGCGUCGGUGUGAGGCCAUGCCUGCUUGGAUAAUCAGGCACCUGGAGCUCAUCGGGGAGGUGCGAGGGCAGGACGCGAUCAUCGUCGACGACAUCAUCGACUCGGGAAAGACAAUCGCACGCUGCUCCGAGGCGUUGCUCGAGGCGGGCGCUGCCCGAGUCUUCGCCGUCGCCACCCACGGCAUCUUCUCGGAGGAGUCGCUCCGCAUCAUCGCCGUCUCCGACGUGACGACGGUGGUCGUGGCCAACCUCGGGCCC